GGGGCUCGUAGCUCCCAGACGUGAAUGCCGUUUUGAGCCAGUGGCAGUGUUGCAGGCUGAAUUCUGGAAUCCGGAUUCGGGAACUUCUCGAUUUGUUUUGUUUGGUGGUUGGUCCUCUAGGGUUUUUAAAAAUGGCUGCUCACAUUCGCAAGAAUAUUUUUUACAUUGCAAAAAAAUUUAUUACAAACAAAUUCAAUUUACAAUUUAUGUAGGAAUGGUGGAAAUUUGGCAAGUGAUAGAGAUAUACCAUAUAAGUUAACAAAAUGAAAAUAAACGCAAUUAGAAUGAGCACUCCUAUAGAAGAAAAAGUGGAUCAAAAAUUGAAAGUCCGGACUGGAAUGGUGACUGUUAGUGAUGGCAAGAGUAGAGCAACUCCAGUUCAACUGCAGUUAUCAAUGGAAGUUCUUAGGCUACAAAAAGAAGAGCCAAUACCAUUAGAAUCCAAGCCAUUAAACUCAAAGGAAAGAAUGAUACAAAUUCAUAGACAAAAAGUUGGAGGGUUAGGUCUUAGCAUUAAAGGAGGUGCCGAACAUAAACUUCCUAUUCUAAUAUCCAAAAUAUAUAAAAAUCAAGCAGCAGAAAGAACCGGCGAUCUUUUUGUUGGAGACGCUAUAAUUAAAGUGAAUGGAGAAUAUAUCACUGCUUGUCCCCAUGACGAUGCUGUAAACAUUUUAAGAAAUGCUGGGGAUUUGGUAGUUCUAACUGUAAAACAUUACAAAGCUGCGACUCCAUUUCUUCAAAAGCAAGAUGACAAAGAUUCUCAACAAACAGAUAGUAACAGUGAAAAAGAAGCCUCAGAUGAAAGUUUCCGUAUAACAUCAAAUAGUACUAGUAGUAGACCAAGUUCUAUUUGUUCUGAAAUGGACCAAGAACCAGUUCAAACCCAUUGGGUGGAUAUUAUCACAGUGCCUUUAAUGAUGGCAUAUGUAACAAGAUACAUAUUUGGUACUGAUAAACUUAGACCAAAUUCUUUUGAAGUUAGAGGCUUGAAUGGUGUCAGUACUGGUAUUAUACAUUGUGAUGACUCCGCCAUUCUUUCACAAUGGCUAAAAUAUAUUAACGAUAAUAUUAUUGGAUUAACAAGUUUACAGAUGAAAUUGUAUAACAGAAAUUUUAUUGUAUCCGAUCGAAUAGAGUAUAUGGGAUGGGUAAAUGAAUGCGUUCUUAAUAAUAAUCAACCUUGGCAGAAUUAUAAACCUAGGUUUCUAGCUCUAAAAGGAACUGAUCUUAUGUUAUUCGAUGCACCACCUUUAAAUUUAUUAGACUGGAAUAAAUGUACCUUAACGUUCAAAGUAUAUCAAACAAUGUUUAGGAUAGUAAAAGAUUCUGAAAACGUUGAUGAACGUCAACAUUGUUUUCUUGUACAGACAUCUGGACAGGAAUCGAGAUAUUUUUCAGUUGAAACAAGGCAGGAGCUUUUGAGAAUUGAAAAUGCUUGGCAUUCUUCAGUUUGCAACGCUGUUAUGAAGCUAGGGACUAAAACAUUUACGGUAAGCAGCAACGGCAAAACGGCGGGAUUAACAUUAGACUGGAAUAUAGGAUUUUCUUUACAUGAAGGCGACUCAAAAACACUAGCGUGGCAAUAUAAAUUUUCUCAAUUAAGGGGCUCGUCAGAUGACGGAAAAUCGAAACUGAAACUUCACUUCCAAGAUAUUGAUACCAAGGCUAUUGAGACCAAAGAACUAGAAUGUUCUAUUUUACAAAGCCUACUUUAUUGCAUGCAUGCAUUUUUGACAGCCAAAGUUGCUUCUGUCGACCCAGGAUUUCUCUGCUCUACACACCCAUGAUGGGACACGAAUAUUGCGGAAAUAAUUUUUAGCAUAGAACAAUAAUGUCGAUAAUAGAUAAACUGAUAGGUUUCUCCUCCUUCUUCCUUAUCAAAUAGAUGGCGCUGUCCUAGAACCUCGUCCAGUACCACCACGCACAUGAAAGGUGACAGGACAUCUAAGAAGACAAGUGACAGGGACCGCGCAUGCGCACCACACCUUUACCACAUGGCGUUGAUCGAACUACAUCUACUGAUAGCUUGGUUCGGGUUUAAAAAAGGACGGUUCUAGAAUGCUUCAAAACAAUCGCACAGUUUGUUAUUGAAAUAUGUGAUAGCCGACCCGUUGUCAUUUUGUUGAUUUAUAAACUGUCCGAUUAUUUUGAACCGUUCUAGAACUGUCCUUUUUUCGAACCCGAAGAAAGGUAAUAUUUAUACUCCAUUCGCCAAACCUUUACCACUACAAACUAUAGUACAAACAACUACCUAUUUCAGCUUUCCAUUGCGUGUAACUAGAUUUUCCUGUCAACGCGAUGGUUUCUAGGCCAUACUCAAUAUCAACCUACCGAAGAACGGGCAUUAAAAUGUUGAUCGUAAACUUUUCGUUUCAGAUUUAUUAAUAUUUCAUCUGCUAGAAUGUACCUGAGUACCAAAUAUACGGUCCAUCGACAAAAUUCGUCUCUUCGGCAUUUUGACUUUGUUGAAUACAUGCCCAUUAUUGUAUGUUCUGGAUGCACAUAUAUGCUUUCGUGGCUGGCUCACUGCCUGUAUUUUAAUUAAAAGCAACCAUCUAAAUUUAGUAAAUUUGAAGAACUUUAUUAAAGCAAAAAAUCGAGAAUGGUCAACAUUAAAAAAAAUAUUGCGCCUCACGUGAAUGAACGUGACGCAGUGUCGCUUGACCUCAAUAUAAUAAUGUGUUUUGUGAAUAAUAAUGAAAAGGGCUCUAGCCAACAGCUUGGCGGAGCACACAAACAAAAUAGGCGACGUUGCCAAUAGUUACAAGUUAUUGCCACUAUAACUAAAAAAAAUUUAUAAUUAAUAUGUUAUAACAGACUUUCUUUGCAUAAUAUAAUUUUAUGCCCAAGAUAAAACAUUUUCUAAGGUUCGCUUUCCGAUGGUUAAUUGUAUUUGUUUCCCAAGCAGCAAAAGCUAUAGUCGUUAUGACGUCGAUUUUAAAUGGAUUUACGUCGAUUAACCAAAAUUCGACGUCGGAAUGGGAUUGCAAAAUAUGACUUGUUUGAGACGUCACGAAGUGGAUGUUUAUUUGACCAUGACAUGAACCAACAGGUUCAAAAGUUACCUACCAUGUAAAACCCAAUAUGGCCCAUUCAGAAAAAAAACUCUGUAUUAAGACGUCUAUAGAGCGUCUACGUGACGUCGUUGAAUUGGACGUAUAUUUGGUCAGUGUGGAUCGAUUGAAAAGUUAUAUAUCUACAUCAAAAAAAAUUUCAUCUACAAUGCCAUUAAUCUUUACAAUUCACUGCCCGAACAAUUUAGAGCUCAUAAACGCUCAAAAUUCAAAACUAGCCUUAAAACUCACUUGUUUGACAAGCAGACCAACUCACAAGGGCCUUAUCGCUGAACUUUCCG